GACUCGCUUUGUGGCUACCAAAAUCCCAAGUUCGGAUAGGGUUUUCAUGGCUGGCGUAUCUCUAUUGUAAAAAUUUCUUACACAACCUCUUUCUGGCUCUUCACCUUCAACUGGGCAUCAAUUUAUGCUCAUAAUAGUUUUGGCAGUUCAUCCAUCUGAUAACACUUUUCCCUUUUUCAUUCAUUUUGUUUUCUCUUUUGAAAACGACAUAAAUAUUAACAAAUAAGUAAAAUAGGCAGUCAAAUAUGGGUAUUUCAAAAAGUAGGUAGAUCAGACGGAUGUCAUUGCUCUAACGAAUAGAUCGGCAACGACCAGGUAACCAACCUCGGACAAGGACAAAUCCAGAAAACCAAGAAAUUUUUCUCCAACCACCAAAAUCUCACCCACAUACCAGACAACGAUAAAUUACCACAGCGAGCGAGCCGAGAGAGAGAGAGAGAGAGAGAGGGAUGGCAAUGGCAAUGGCGCUUCGCAGGAUUGCCUCUUCCGUCGACAAGCCGAUUCGCCCCCUCUUCAAUGGCGCCUCCCUCUAUUACAUGUCAUCGUUGCCAAACGAGGCUGUCUACGAGAAGGAAAAAACCCGCGUCACAUGGCCAAAGCAAUUGAAUGCUCCGCUAGAGGUUGUGGAUCCGGAGAUUGCUAACAUUAUAGAGCUUGAGAAAGCUAGACAAUGGAAGGGGCUAGAACUUAUACCCUCAGAGAACUUCACCUCUGUCUCUGUAAUGGAAGCAGUUGGAUCUAUCAUGACUAACAAAUACAGUGAAGGAUAUCCUGGUGCUAGAUACUAUGGAGGAAACGAGUACAUUGACAUGGCAGAAUCCUUAUGCCAGAAGCGUGCUUUGGAGGCAUUUCGGUUGGAUCCAGCAAAAUGGGGAGUGAACGUGCAGCCUCUAUCUGGGUCUCCAGCUAAUUUUCAAGUUUACACUGCGUUGUUAAAACCUCAUGAAAGAAUCAUGGCACUUGAUCUUCCUCAUGGUGGGCAUCUUUCUCAUGGCUAUCAGACUGACACCAAAAAGAUAUCUGCAGUCUCUAUAUUUUUUGAGACAAUGCCAUAUAGAUUGGAUGAGAGCACCGGCUAUAUUGACUAUGACCAGUUGGAGAAAAGUGCCACACUCUUCAGGCCAAAGUUGAUAGUAGCUGGUGCUAGUGCUUAUGCGCGACUGUAUGAUUAUGCGCGUAUUCGCAAGGUCUGUGACAAACAGAAAGCUAUAUUGUUGGCAGAUAUGGCACAUAUUAGUGGGCUGGUUGCAGCUGGUGUCAUCCCAUCACCUUUUGAGUAUGCAGAUGUUGUGACCACCACAACUCACAAGUCUCUUCGUGGGCCACGUGGAGCCAUGAUUUUCUUCAGGAAGGGAUUAAAAGAGAUUAACAAACAAGGGAAAGAGGUUUUGUAUGAUUAUGAAGACAAAAUAAAUCAGGCAGUUUUUCCUGGACUUCAAGGUGGCCCACACAACCACACAAUUGCUGGUUUAGCAGUUGCACUGAAACAGGCUACAACUCCAGAAUACAGAGGCUAUCAAGAGCAAGUUCUCAGUAAUUGCACAAAAUUUGCACAGCGUCUGAUCAAUAAUGGCUAUGAACUUGUUUCUGGUGGUACUGAGAACCACCUAGUCUUGGUGAAUUUGAAGAACAAGGGUAUUGAUGGCUCCAGAGUUGAGAAGGUGUUGGAAUCUGUUCACAUUGCAGCCAACAAAAACACUGUUCCUGGAGAUGUGUCUGCCAUGGUUCCUGGUGGCAUCAGGAUGGGAACCCCGGCUCUUACUUCUAGGGGAUUUGUUGAGGAGGAUUUUGCUAAGGUAGCAGAUUUCUUUGAUGCUGCUGUGAAGUUGGCAUUGAAGAUCAAGGCAGAAACUAAAGGAACAAAGUUGAAGGACUUCUUGGCUACAAUGCAGUCCGCUUCUCACUUUCAAUCUGAGAUCGCAAAGCUCCGCCAUGAUGUUGAGGAGUAUGCAAAGCAAUUUCCUACUAUAGGGUUUGAGAAAGAAACCAUGAAGUACGGGAACUGAGAAAGAGAUUCUCUUUGUGUUUGGCGCUGUAAACAAAAAUCAUUCGAGUUUUCCCAGUUGACAAAGGGAAAAGGCCAUAUGUCAAGGAUGUGCAUUUAGAGCUUUUAUUGUAUAAAUCCAUCAAACCUUGAUUUAGAGCUUCAUUAAUGUGUAUAAACGUAUUAACUGAGGCCUUGCCAUGUAAUAAACUUGCUUUGAUCUGAAAUGCAGCUACUUCUUUAUACCUA